GCAGCCCAACCAACCCACAGCACAGAAAAAAGGAGUCACCAUCGCAAGUUCGAGUCUUGUCUGCUGUUGGUGGGUUAGCUAAAGAGAAGCUAAACUUGGUUUGCGUGUUAGCCGUGUAUUUAUGUGAGGGUGUUUGGUUACUUAAUUCGGAUUCCUCCAAAAUGCCUAACAUAAAGAUAUUCAGUGGCAGCUCUCAUCCGGACCUUGGCCAAAAAAUUGCCGACCGACUGGGACUUGAGCUGGGGAAGGUUGUGACCAAGAAAUUCAGCAACCAGGAGACAUGGUAGGUUAAAAGUGUUUAAACAAUACCUACUGGCUAGUAAGCGUUAUUUUACCAAUGUGUGAAUGUUCUGCCUGGGAAUGUUGCUUUGGUUGUUAGCUAGGUACAGGAACGCGUUAGCUAGCUGAAGUUAGCCCACAUGGCCGAUUGAAAGCGCGAGUGAGUGUGGUCGUUGUUGUUGCUAGUUAGCUAACUAAAUUAGCUUACCGCAAACGUGUUCAACUACUAAUAUAGCUAGCUAACUAGCAUUACCUAGCUUUGUUGGCAACUUUAUGUAGACCUUAAAAUGAGACAGGGUAAGGGCAGGAGGCUUAACGUUAGAACGGCAACUCCCAAAAUCCAUGUGGACUGUAUUGUAAUACCGGGCAUACACAACACGAUUUCGCUACGUUUUUGCAGUCCCAGACUAAUUUUCAUGAUCGGGGUGAAAUCCUAUGUAUGAACUUCGACUAGGAUCAGUACGUCGGGACUCGCGUAGUUUCAAAGGGUGAAGGACAAACUGAUGCCGGUGGUGGCUGUUCCGUUCUGCAGACCCUUGUCGGAUGAUGUUCCGAUAAGUUUCUGACAUGUCCGAAAUGUUUGUCGUGCAUCUUGUAGUAUGAGCAGUGCUACGACGCGAUUGGACAAGUACUACUGCCAAUGAGCACUCAGCAUGUUAGAGCAAAACAAUUUGAUAUUUUAGUCAUUUAGCAGACGCUCUUAUCCAGAGCGACCUACAAUUAGUGAGUGCAUACAUUUUUCAUACUGGCCCCCCGUGGGAACAAUGAUGGUGAAGCGGGAAGCAACAACAACUUGCAGGUUGUCACUGGUUACCACAGCCAAAACCAAAAAUGGGGGUCUUAAUUUAAGUUCAGGGUUAGGGGCGGCAGGUAGCUUAGUGGUUAAGAGCUUUGUGCCAGUAACCGAAAGGUCGCUCGUUCUAAUCCCCGAGCCGACUAGGUGAAAAAUCUGUCGAUGUGCCCUUGAGCAAGGCACUUAACCCUAAUUGCUCCUGUAAGUCGCUCUGGAUAAGAGUGUCUGCUAAAUGACUAAAAUGUAAAAAAAUGGUUAGGCAUAAGGUUAGCAGUUUGGUUUAAAAUCCAAUUUUAAUAAUUGUUUGCAGAAAUCGGCGUGGUUUAGCCAUAAUUAUGACUCAUGAGACCUAGCACAAAGGCACAAUUGUGUGUGAUUGUGGCCAGGGGAGUUCCUGCAUAUGGGCAUUCCUGCAUAUUUUUUGGGGGGCGAAGGACCCUGUCUGCCGUAACUAUGUACCAGAUACCUCGUAGCUAGCUAGCACACAGUUCCCUUUGCUCCCGCCUGCUGAACACCUGCUGUUAACAGAACUGCGGGAAAGCAAUGCCCGACAGGCAGGGACGACAGACAUGGUCUACUGAUGUUAUAGUUAGCUAGCUACCUAUCCCGCCUGCUGUUUACCGGAGUCCUAGCCUGCUAGCUAUCACCCAGUGUCCUUCACUAACGCCUGCUGUACACCUGCCCUCGCCGUCGUUAUCGUUAACAUAACUGCGGGAAAGCAGUGCCAGACAGGCGGGGGUGAAGUACGCUGUCUACCCGUGUGCUAACUACAUAUCCCGCCUGCUAUGUACCUUCGCUCCCGCUUGCCGAACACUUGCCGUCGAUAACAGAACUGCGGGAAAACAGUACUAGACAGGCGGGGGCGAAGGACACUGUCUACCGGUGUCAAUCAAUCAAAUGUUAUUUAUAAAGCCCUUUUUACAUCCGCAGAUGUCACAAAGUGCUAUACCGAAACCCAGCCUAAAACCCAAACAGCAAGCAAUGCAGAUGUAGAAGCAUGGUGGCUAGUAAAAACUCCCUAGAAAGGCAGAAACCUAGAGGGGAACCAGGCUCUGAGGGGUGGACAGUCCCCUUCUGGCUGUGCCGGGUGGAGAUUAUAACAGUACAUGGCCAUUAAGGCCAGAUUUUUCUCCAAGAUGUUCAAACGUUCAUAGAUGACCAGCAGGGUCAAAUAAUAAUCACAGUGGUUGUAGAGGUUGCAACAGGUCAGUACAUCAGGAGUAAAUGUCACUUGGCUUUUCAUAGCCGGGCAUUUAGAGGUUGAAAUAGCAGGUGCAGUAGAGAGAGAGAGUUGAAAACAGCAGGUCUGGGACAAGGUAACAUGUCUGGUGAACAGGUCAGGGUUCCUGAGUGGAAACUGUAGCAGCAGCACGACCAGGUGGACUGGGGACAGCAAUGAUUCAUCAGGCCAGGUAGUCCUGAGGCAUGGUCCUAGGGCUCAGGUCCUCUGGGAUGGGAGGGAGAGAGAGGGAGAAUUAGAGGGAGCAUACUUAUAUUCACACAGGACACCGGAUAAGACAGGAGAAUAACACCAGACAUAAGACUGACCCUAGCCCCCCGGCACAUAGACUAUUUCAGCAUAGAUACUGGAGGCUGAGACAGGGGGGGUUGGGAGACACUGUGGCACCGUCCGACGAUACCCCCGGACAGGGCCAACCAGGCAGGAUAUAACCCCACCCACUUUGCCAAAGCACAGCCCCCACACCACCAGAGGGAUAUUUUUCCUGUAGUCCUGUGGACUACAGGAAAAAAAAGAGGACUGAGCACGCCCCCAUUCUCAUCGACGGGGCUGUAGUGGAACAGGUUGAGAGCUUCAAGUUCCUUGGUGUCCACAUCACCAACGAACUAUCAUGGUCCAAACACACCAAGACAGUCGUGAAGAGGGCACGACAAAGCCUAUUCCCCCUCAGGAGACUAAAAAGAUUUGGCAUGGGUCCUCAGAUCCUCAAAAAAUUCUACAGCUGCACCAUCGAGAGCAUCCUGACUGGUUGCAUCACCGCCUGGUAUGGCAACUGCUUGGCCUCUGACCGCAAGGCACUACAGAGGGUAGUGCGUACGGCCCAGUACAUCACAGGGGCAAAGCUCCCUGCCAUCCAGGACCUCUAUACCAGGCGGUGUCAGAGGAAGGCCCUCAAAAUUGUCAAAGACUCCAGUCACCCUAGUCAUAGACUGUUCUCUCUGCUACCGCACGGCAAGCGGUACCGGAGUGCCAAGUCUAGGUCCAAAAGACUUCUCAACAGCUUCUACCCCCAAGCCAUAAGACUCCUGAACAGCUAAUCAUGGCUACCCGGACUAUUUGCACUGCCCCCCCACCCCAUACUUUUUACGCUGCUGCUACUCUGUUAAGUAUUUAUGCAUAGUCACUUUAACUCUACCCACAUGUACAUAUUACCUCAACUACCUCAACUAGCCGGUGCCCCCGCACAUUGACUAUGCAACGGUACCCCCCUGUAUAUAUAGCCUCCCUACUGUCACUUUAUUCUAUUGUAUAUAUAGCCUCCCUACUGUCACUUUAUUUUUGCUUCUGCUCUUUUUUUCUCAACACUUUUUUGUUGUUGUUUUAUUCUUACUUUUUUGUUUGAAAUGGAUGCACUGUUGGUUGGGGGCUGUAAGUAAGCAUUUCACUGUAAUGUCUGCACCUGUUGUAUUCGGCGCAUGUGACCAAUAAAAUUUGAUUUGAUUUGAUUUGAUAUCAACAGACCACCAACCUACUACCCUGAGACAAGGCUGAGUAUAGCUCAUGAUGAUCUCCUCCACUGCACGAGCCCGAGGGAGCGACAAACCGGACAGGAAGAUCACGUCUGUGACUCAACCCACUCAAGUGAUGCACCCCUCCUAUGGACGGCAUGGAAAGCACCAGUAAGCCAGUGACUCAGCCCCCAUAAUAGGGUCAGAGGCAGAGAAUCCCAAUGGAGAGACAGGAACCGGCCAGGCAGAGACAGCAAGGGUGGUUUGUGCUCCAGUGCCUUUCCGUUCACCUUCGCACCCCUGGGCCAGACUACACUCAAUCAUAGGACCUACUGAAGAGAUGAGUCUUCAGUAAAGACUUAAAGGUCGAGACAGAGUCUGCGUCUCUCACAUGGAUAGGCGGACCAUUCCAUAAAAAUUGAGCUCUAUAGGAGAAAGUCCUGCCACCAGCUGUUUGCUUAGAAAUUCCAGGGACAAUAAGGAGGCCUGCGUCUUGUGACCGUAGCGUACGUGUAGGUAUGUACGGCAGGACCAAAGCUAGCUAGCUACCUAUCCCGCCUGCUGUGUACCGGAGUCCUAGCUAACUGCGUUGGCGCCCCACCUCUUCUGUGGGGUAUAUCAGCAGUUGGCAUCCAACGUUAUGGUGCAUUACCGCCACCUACUGUACUGGAGCGCUUCCGCCUGUGUACUGGAGUCCUAGUUAAAAAAUGGACCAAUAAAAGUAUAAAGAGGGGUUCCUGCAGAUGCAGGAAUGCUCACAUGCAGGAACGCCCCGAAUUGCAGGCCGCAAUUGCACCCUUGUCCAAAGGCCGGCAGAUGGUGAUAUUGAGUUUAGGGCUGUCCCCGACAAACAUUUUUUUUUAGGUCGACCGAAAUCCGUCUGGUCGACAUUUUAAAAAUGUAUUUUUCCAUAUAUAGAUACACCCUAUGUGUUUAAAAUAAAAUAAAAAUCAACUAUAUGCAUCGAGCUUGUCUGAUACUUUAAGCUCACUGUCACUCUUCCUCCACAGAGGAGCUCUGUCAGUGACCAUUGGGUUCUUGGUCACCUCCCUGACCGGCCCUUCUCCCCCGAUUGCUCAGUUUGGCCGGGCGGCCAGCUCUAGGAAGUGUCUUGGUGGUUCCAAACUUCUUCCAUUUAAGAAUGACGGAGGCCACUGUGUUCUUGGGUACCUUCAAUGCUGCAGAUAUUUUUUGGUACCCUUCCCCAGAUCUGUCCCUCGACACGAUCUUGUCUCGGGGGCUCUACGGACAAUUCCUUCGACGUCAUGGCUUGGUUUUUGCUCUGACAUGCACUGUCAACUGUGGAACCUUGUAUAGACAGGUGUGUGCCUUUCCAAAUCAUGUCCAAUCAAUUGAAUGAGCUCAAUUUCGAAUCUCAUCGCAAAGGGUCUGAAUACUUAUGUAAAAAGGGUAUUUGUUUUUUUUGUUUUAAUAAAUACAUUUGCAAAAAUGUAUAACCUGUUUUCGCUUUGUCAUUGUGUUAGAUUGAUGAGGGGGGGACAAACAAUUUAAUCCAUUAGAAUAAGGCUGUAACAAAAUGUGAAAAAAGUCAAGGGGUCUGAAUACUUUCCGAAUGCACUGUGUGUGUGUGCUACUGCUCAACCCAAAAUAAUAUUGGUCGACCAACAGCCUAUCGACCAGUUGACUAUUUGGGGUCAGCCCUAAUUGUGUCAUGUCAUCUUACCGUCCUAAUGCAUUGUAUGCAGCCAGCAAUACAUUCGUAUCCCUUGUGGACCGGUUUGUACCUAAAACAUUCUCCAUUUCGGCUGCAUAGGCUUCAAUAUCUUCAACUUAAUUUAAUGGCGGGGGGGAUAUGCGUACCCUCCUUAUGAAACACUGUUUUCCACCACCAUGCUAGUGGCUAAAUGCCAAUUCCGGCUGUUGUGUAUCGCGUUCAGUUGCUAUCAGACCAGGGGUUCUGUUUUUUUUAAUGCCUACUGUGUUAGCAGCAUCGCAUGGGCAGACUGGUUGUCGCUAGAUGCACUACAUCACCAAAAGUAUAUGGACACCUGGUCGUCGAACAUCCCAUUCCAAAAUCAUGGGCAUUAAUAUGGAGUUGGUCCCCUCUUUGCUGCUAUUACAGCCUUCACUCUUCUGGGAAAGCAUUCAACUAGAUGUUGGAACAUUGCUACGGGACUUGCUUCCAUUCAGCCACGAGCAUUAGUGGGGUCGGGAAUGGAUGUUGGGCGAUAAGGCCUGGCUCGCAGUCGGCAUUCCAAUUCAUCCCAAAGGUGUUCGAUGGGGUUGAGGUCAGGGAUCUGUGCAGGCCAGUCAAGUUCUUCCACACCGAUCUCGACAAACCAUUUAUGUAUGGACCUUGCUUUGUGCACGGGGGCAUUGUCAUGCUAAAACAGGAAAGGGCCUUCACCAAACUGUUGCCACAAAGUUGGAAGCACAGAAUCGUCUAGAAUGUAAUUGUAUGCUGUAGCGUUAAGAUUUCUCUUCACUGGAACUAAGGGGCCUAGCCGGAACCACGAAAAACAGUCCCAGACCAUUAUUCCUCCUCCACCAAAGUUUACAGUUGGGGCAGGUGGCGUUCUCCUGGCAUCCGCCAAACCCAGAUUCGUCCAUCGGACUACCAGAUGGUGAAGCGUGAUUCAUCACUCCAGAGAACGCGUUUCCACUGCUCCAGAGUCCAAUGGCAGCGAGCUUUACACCACUCCAGCCGAUAGAUAUUUAGUUAUGUUUGAUACCUGACAGAAAAUAAGGAAGUAGCUUUGAUAAGAAGUAUUUAAGAUUUUAAUGCUACAAUACACAAGACAGGUGGCUAUCAGAGUCUGCGUGUGAACGACUGAGCAGCCAUUCCAGGGGACUUUUGAGAGAUUUUGUAUGUUUGCCCACUGACAAAGAAAUGAUCAGUCUAUAAUUUUAAUGGUACGUUUAUUUGAACAGUGAGAGACAGAAUAACAACAACAAAAAUCCAGAAAAACGCAUGUCAAAAAUCGUAUAAAUUGAUUUGCAUUUUAAUGAGGGGAAAUAAGUAUUUGACCCCCUCUCAAUCAGAAAGAUUAAAGGGAGUGCUCCUAAUCUCAGCUUGUUACCUGUAUAAAAGACACCUGUCCACAGAAGCAAUCAAUCAAUCAGAUUCCAAACUCUCCACCAUGGCCAAGACCAAAGAGCUCUCCAAGGAUGUCAGGGACAAGAUUGUAGACCUACACAAGGCUGGAAUGGGCUACAAGACCAUCGCCAAGCAGCUUGGUGAGAAGGUGACAACAGUUGGUGCGAUUAUUCGCAAAUGGAAGAAACACAAAAUAACUGUCAAUCUCCCUCGGCCUGGGGCUCCAUGCAAGAUCUCACCUCGUGGAGUUGCAAUGAUCAUGAGAACGGUGAGGAAUCAGCCCAGAACUACACGGGAGGAUCUUGUCAAUGAUCUCAAGGCAGCUGGGACCAUAGUCACCAAGAAAACAAUUGGUAACACACUACGCCGUGAAGGACUGAAAUCCUGCAGCGCCCGCAAGGUCCCCCUGCUCAAGAAAGCACAUAUACAUGCCCGUCUGAAGUUUGCCAAUGAACAUCUGAAUGAUUCAGAGGAGAACUGGGUGAAAGUGUUGUGGUCAGAUGAGACCAAAAUCGAGCUCUUUGGCAUCAACUCAAUUCGCCGUGUUUGGAGGAGGAGGAAUGCUGCCUAUGACCCCAAGAACACCAUCCCCACUGUCAAACAUGGAGGUGGAAACAUUAUGCUUUGGGGGUGUUUUUCUGCUAAGGGGACAGGACAACUUCACCGCAUCAAAGGGACGAUGGACGGGACCAUGUACCGUCAAAUCUUGGGUGAGAACCUCCUUCCCUCAGCCAGGGUAUUGAGAAUGGGUCGUGGAUGGGUAUUCCAGCAUGACAAUGACCCAAAACACACGGCCAAGGCAACAAAGGAGUGGCUCCAAGAAUAAGCACAUUAAGGUCCUGGAGUGGCCUAGCCAGUCUCCAGACCUUAAUCCCAUAGAAAAUCUGUGGAGGGAGCUGAAGGUUCGAGUUGCCAAACGUCAGCCUCGAAACCUUAAUGACUUGGAGAAGAUCUGCAAAGAGGAGUGGAACAAAAUCCCUCCUGAGAUGUGUGCAAACCUGGUGGCCAACUACAAUAAACGUCUGACCUCUGAUUGCCAACAAGGGUUUUGCCACCAAGUACGAAGUCAUGUUUUGCAGAGGGGUCAAGUACUUAUUUCCCUCAUUAAAAUGCAAAUCAAUUCAUAAGAUUUUUUACAUGCGUUGUUGUGGAUUUUGUUGAUAUUCUGUCUCUCAGCAUUAAAAUUAUAGACUGAAUUUCUUUGUCAGUGGGCAAACGUACAAAAUCAGCAGGGGAUCAAAUACAGAGAGAGAGAUGUUUUUAAAAUUUCUAACAGACAACUCUUGGUCGACAAACAACAUUUUUUUUAGUUGGGUACAGCCCUAGUGUGAAUAUAUGGAUCAUUCAUUGAGUGUUGUUUAGUCUAUUGACCUGGAAGCCCAUGAUGCCAUGAUUAUGUACAUUAACAGAAUGGGGCGGCAGGUAGCUUAGUGGGUAAGAGCGUUGUGCCAGUAACCGAAAGGUCGCUGGUUCUAAUCCCCGAGCCGACUAGGUGAACUGUCGAUGUGCCCUUGAGCAAGGCACUUAACCCUAAUUGCUCCUGUAAGUCGCUCUGGAUAAGAGCGUCUGCUAAAUGACUAAAAUGUAAAUGUCUUCUCUUCAUGUUCUCUACGUGUUAUGGUCCUGUCACCAUGUAUAGCUACUGUCUGACACUGUAUGACUUGAUCCUGCAGCGUGGAGAUUGGGGAGAGUGUCAGAGGAGAGGAUGUCUACAUUGUCCAGAGUGGUUGUGGUGAGAUUAAUGAUAACUUAAUGGAGCUCCUCAUCAUGAUCAAUGCCUGUAAGAUUGCCUCUGCCUCACGAGUCACGGCUGUCAUCCCCUGUUUCCCAUAUGCAAGACAAGACAAGAAGGACAAGGUGGGGGUGAGGGAAACUUUUAAAAUAGUUUGUUCUGUUCACAGCACCAACACACUUCACACCAUCUAUAGUCAGUCAGUCCAUUUGCUUUGAUGUCAUCAUAUAUUUGACUGCUUCUCAAAAAUGCCAUAUUGGGCAAACCAAUUUGGUUGAUUUAGAAUAUAACUGACAAAGCUAAUUCAGAAAAGAGAUGGGUCUCCCUCUGUUAUUUUUUAAAUUGCAUUGUCUCAAUGGGCCUUCUUCUGCAUGCAUUGUAUGAUUAUAGAGAUGAACAAUGUUUUUCUGAACAGAGUCGGGCGCCCAUCUCUGCAAAGCUGGUGGCCAACAUGUUGUCAGUGUCAGGAGCCGAUCACAUAAUCACCAUGGACCUGCACGCCUCGCAGAUACAGGUGAGCCUUCUGGCACAUUAUUUGGCUCGUUCCAUCUAUAUUGCAGUCACUAGUGUAGGAUACACAACUAAGAUGUACAAAUGAUUGAUUAGGCUAUACGAUACUUGUGUUGCGUACUAUAAACGGGUUGCCUGACAACGUCACAAAUGAUGCACGUGCAUCGCAGGGGUAGAAGGCUGUGUUAUGAUUCUGAACGAUCAGAUGGCUAGCAACAAUUACAAGAAGCUGCCAUGUGGGGAAUCCUAGGUGGCUGGUUUCAGAUAGUUGUAUCUUGUAGUGCUGAGCGUUAAGUGCUUUUUGAAGUCUGUUUUGGUUUUGUUUCGAUUAUUACAAAAUAAUCAUGGUUUUCUGUUUCAAUAUUAUUAUUUUUACGUUAAAUGCAUUAUGAAAUAAUGACAUUAAAAUGAUUAGAGCUUUUUAAUGGAAAAGUAAAAAAUGGUGAACAUUCAAUUGCCAAAACAUUGAAAAUAUUCCAUUGUCUUGUCAGGUCCACAUAUCAUUUUUAAAUUCCUUAAAGUCAUCAUCUCUGCUCAGGCAGUAGCAGCCAGACAGACAACCAUCUAAUACUCUGUUCUCCCCAUACUAUACUGUCUCUAGUCAUCCUAUUUAGCUAGGCUAACCGGCCUAAGUAUGCUGCAGAGCUGUCUGAUAAUCAUUUUACUAGUUCUUCAAAGUAGAUAAGGCAUACUUUCACCAACUCUCUAUCCCCCUCGUCGUUGUGGUCUGGGUGUAUCUAACCUAACGUAGCAGGCGUCAGUGUAUCCAUCUGUGUCCGAGCCGGAAAAUAACAGGCUUAUGGUCAUUGUAGUUAACUACCACGUUUUGGCGCUGAACUAGGUUGAAUAUUUGCUUAAUGAAAACUACAACUCCCUUCAGCCCAGCGUCCCAUAUAGUUCUUGACUUCAUUUCUCUCAUGAAUGAUUUGAUUUCUUUCUAGAUAAAUGGCACGUUGGGCUCACAAAACCCGCCCGAACUAAAUGGGAUUCAAGUACGUUGAACAAAAAUAUAAAUGUAACAUGCAACAAUUUCAAAGAUUUUACUUAGUUACAGUUGAUAUGAGGAAAUCAGUCAAUUAAAAUAAAUUAAUUAGGCCCUAAUCUAUGGAUUUCACAUGACUGGGAAUACAGAUAUGCAUCUGUUGGUCACAGAUACCUUUAAAAAAAAAAAAGUAGGGGUUUGGCUCAGAAAAUCAGUCAGGAUCUGGUGUGACCACCAUAUUUGCCUCAUGCAGUGUGACACAUCUCCUUCGCAUAGAGUUGAUCAGGCUGUUGAUUGUGGCCAGUGAAUGUUGUCAGACUCCUCGUCAAUGGCUGUGCGAAGUUGCUGGAUAUUGGCGGGAACUGGAACACGCUGUCGUACACGUCGAUCCAGACGAUUCCAAACAUGCUCAAUGGGUGACAUGUCUGGUGAGUAUGCAGGCCAUGGAAGAACUGGGACAUUUUCAGCUUCCAGGAAUUGUGUACAGAUCCUUGCGACAUGGGGCUGUGCAUUAUCAUGCUGAAACAUGAGGUGAUGGCGGCGGAUGAAUGGCACGACAAUGGGCCUCAGAAUCUCGUGACGGUAUCUCUGUGCAUUCAAAUUGCCAUCAAUAAAAUGCAAUUAUUCGUUGCCCAUAGCUUAUGCCUGCCCAUACCAUCACCCCACCGCCACCAUUGGGCACUCACAACGUUGACAUCAGCAAACCGACGCUACACAUGCUGUCUGCCAUCUGCCCAGUACAGUUGAAACCCGCAUUCAUCUGCGAAGAGCACACUUCUCCAGCGUGCCGAUGGCCAUCAAAGGUGAGCAUUUGCCCUCUGAAGUCAGUUACGAUGCCGAACUGCAGUCAGGUCAAGACCUGGUGAGGACUACGAGCAUGCAGAUGAGCUUCCCUGAGACUGCUUCUGACAGUUUGUGCAGAAAUUAUUUGGUUGUGCAAACCCACAGUUUCAUCAGCUGUCCGGGUGGAUUGUCUCAGAUGAUCCGCAGGUGAAGAAGUUGGAUGUGGAGGUCCUGGGCUGGCGUGGUUACACGUGGUCUGCGGUUGUGAAGCCGGUUGGAUGUACUGCCAAAUUCUCCAACGACAUUGGAGAGGCGGCUUAUGGUAGAGAAAUUAACAUGAAAUUAUCUGGCAACCGCUCUGGUGGACAUUCCUGCAGUCAGCAUGCCAAUUGCACGCUCCCUCAACUUGAGACAACUGUGGCAUUGUGUUGUGACACAACUGCACAUUUUAGUGGCCUUUUAUUGUCCCCAGCACAAGGUGCACCUGUGUAAUGAUCAUGCUGUUUAAUCAGCUUCUUGAUAUGCCACACUUGUCAGGUGGAUUUAUUAUCUUGGCAAAGGAGAAAUGCUCACUAACAGGGAUGUAAACAAAUUUGGUCACAGAAUUGAAGAAAAAUAAGCUUUAUGCGCGUAUGGAACAUUUCUGGGAUCUUUUAUUUCAGCUCAUGAAACAUGGGAACAACACUUAACAUGUUUAUAAUUUUUGUUCAGUGUAAUUGAACCGAUGUUAGUCAAUUAGUUUAAUAACCGAAAAAACCCUCAUUCGGUUAAUUUCUUCGCACUAGUAUCUUGUUCUUGAUACCAUGUCUUGUUUUGACUUAUGCCACGUCUAUAUGACACAUUUUCUAAAUAACUGUUACGAUGUAUUUGAGACUUAUUUUGUAACCAUAAACUGUAUAGGUGCUUAUUUUGCAAAUGUAUUUGUUUUUAAUAAACAUUUGGAGACAAAAUAUAGUUUACAUGUCAACCCCAUCUUGCCCCGAAGAGGUGCGUGCAUCGGUUUUGUUUCUUAACAACAUACUGUCAAUAGUGAGCCACAUGAAAGUUUCUCCAAAAGGCUGUUGCAAGUAAGGCCUUGAAGACACUGACUAGUGAUCCUGUAUCUUAUCAUGGGUUUGCUCGCUGUAUGCCUCUGUAGGGGUUCUUUGAUAUCCCCGUGGACAAUCUAUACGCGGAGCCAGCUGUGCUGAAAUGGAUCAAAGAGAACAUCAAUGAGUGGAAGAAUUGCACCAUUGUGUCUCCUGAUGCCGGAGGAGCCAAAAGGUAGAUUGGAGGAGGCCAAUGGGCCUGUAGAUGCUUCAUCAAUACAAAGGGUCAAAAGGACAGAUUUGAGUUGUUAGGAAUAUUAGCAUUGUUGAAAGGAUGAUUGUUGCUCAAUUCAUUAUUUUCAAGGGAUUCGUCACGUUCACCUCGUUCAGCCGAUUACAACAAUUCCGUUGUAAUAGGAAAGUCAUUUUGAUACUGUCAUUACAGAGUUUGUAUUUGGGAUUAAUCAUAGAAUCAUAAACCUGUGUCUUACUAUAUAUUCCCUUCCUCCUAUAGAUGUAACUUUGGAAUGAUUGACAUCACCUGUAGUACCAUAACCUCACCAAUCUGUGGAUUGCCUUUGCAGGGUCACCUCUAUAGCAGACAGGCUGAAUGUGGACUUCGCCCUAAUCCACAAAGAGCGAAAGAAGGCUAACGAGGUGGACCGCAUGGUCCUGGUGGGGGACGUGAAGGACAGAGUGGCCAUCUUGGUUGACGACAUGGCAGACACCUGCGGCACCAUCUGCCACGCUGCAGAUAAGUGAGUCGCUACUGUGUUUAAGCUGCAUACAUCUUUACAGAGCAGAGACUGAAUAUUCAAUCUUUAAAUGUACAGCAAAUACAGACCGGAGCUGUUACAUCUGUUUAAGGAAGUCUCUGAAAAUGAAAAUGUAUGGAUAGCAAAGUUGUAUACAAACAAAAUGUGGAGAUUCAACCAAAUGUUUUGUUUCUGAAUAUUCAGGCUGCUCUCUGCUGGAGCCACGAAGGUCUAUGCCAUCCUGACCCAUGGGAUCUUUUCAGGCCCUGCUAUCACCCGCAUCAACAAUGCCUGUUUUGAGGCUGUGGUAGUCACGAAUACCAUCCCUCAGGAGGAUAAGAUGAAACACUGUUCAAAAAUACAGGUUAGAAUCCCCACCUCAUCACAGGGGCUCAGCACCUGAUUUGUUGCAGAGUUUAGAUCUGGGGAAUUGAAACAAAAACAUUCCAUUAUUUAAAAAAAUAUAUAAGUUGAGUUGUUGUUUUGACAAAUGUUUUUCUUUCACAAAUAACAGAUCACAUGACACCUUUACAGAGCACACAUACCAACCUCCCUCCACCCCAUGAAAACCUUUCAAACUUUGUCCAAACAAUGCCCAAUGAUUACCUAAGCAGCAGGCUGUCAACAAUUUUCAUUUCAAUGGCUCAGCAUGUUGCCUGGACUACUUACAUUUCUGUUUGAUUGAUUCUUACUGUUUAUUGCAUUGUCUAACUCCUUACUGUGCUGAACAUUUCCAAAUCUGUGAGUAUAGUUACUGCAGUGUUUCCUCUUGAAGAAUUUGUAGAAGGGGUUAUAUAAUAUUUAUGAAGGACUGAAGCUCAGUUCUGGUGAAUUUUUAAAAGGACCCCCCCCUCCCCCGGUUGCCACUACGCAACCAAAAAUGUAAUCUGACUUAUUUUGAGUUAUGAUGCCGGUUUACCCCAAGUUAACCUACAAUUGACCCAUGUUCCAUUUAGCCCCACUCUCCCAUAUGCACUAACAGCAGAUUGUGGAGUGGUAAAAUGCUUAACCAUGCCACUGCUAAAAAUGCAGGGUUUAAAAUGGUGCAUGUUCAUAUUUAGGAGUUGAAAUAAAUAAGUAGGAAUAGAAAGAUAGGAUCUCCCUCUUUUUAACAAAGGCCAUUAAAACUGCUGUUUUCCCCACGAUUGCAAGAAUUGUUGUGCAUUGACUGCUUGUCAGAAUGCAUGUUUCCCUCCCUAUGGUACUCCUAACUUGAAUGGGCCACAAGGAAUAUUGAUCUCGCAUAGAACACACAAGAACAUGCAGACAAUGUAUAAACUAUUCUACUAUGGGGUUGUCUGAAUUUUCUAUUAAUUACUCAUUUUGUUUGCAGAGGAAGUAAAUGUGGACUGAUCCUGGAUCUUCAAAGUGUGACUUGGGCCAAAAAAUUUUUUACUUUUUUUUGCCGUGAGCACCACAGCUAAAUAACUAUAGCAGAAACACUGAGCUACUGGUGGUGUUAUUUAGUUAACCAAUUGCUUUCUUUAUGGUUUGAAGUUUUUAUCUGUGGGGGAAAUAAGUAUGGGUGAUAAUUUGAUUCAUACAUUUUUCUCCCCCACUCAUCCCUUCAGGUUAUUGACAUCUCCAUGAUUCUAGCUGAGGCUAUUCGCCGGACACACAACGGCGAGUCAGUGUCGUAUCUAUUCAGCCAUGUUCCCUUGUAA